CUGCAGGCACGGAACCACAUUUUGGUGCAUGCUACUAUGUGAAAACUAAACGCGUGAGACCCAAACAGAGUAUUGCCGUGGGUUCUUUAGAGCUUUAAGUGGCGGAAGAUUACACAAAUAAGUAGAAUCUUUUCAAAUACAACGCAAAAUAAAUGAAAACUGUCAGUAAGGUAGCCGCCAAGAGCGCCCUCCGUGGCCAACGGCGAAUGGUGGAAGCUCUAGAAGCGACAGACAUCGGCCCACGGCUCCGAACGGCAGUUUACGGCAAAUUAUUUAUAUUUAGGAUUUUUUCUCUCAAAAUUUAAGUUGAUCUUCCACUAGUUCAAGUAUUUCUGUAUUCAAAAAAAAUUGCCCGUGACCCUUUUGAAAUCAGCCGUAGCCUAGCGAACCUGCACCAAUUAGGUCUGCAUUUUCGACCGUUGCGGAUGUCAAACCACAUGGUGCUAAGUUCAUCUUGGUCGUUCAGCUUGUUUUGACCGUCUCAAGUACUCUUUACACUUCGUCACAAAAAUGUCAGUCCCAUCGAAGAAGCGUGUUCUAGAUCCGAAGAAGAAAGUGGAAGCUGACUCAAGCAGCGAUGAUUCGUCCAGUGACGAAGACGAUUACAAGGGAGGAGAGCAAAUACAGGUUGAAUUUGAAGGUAGGAUACCUGUUGACUCUGACUUUCAUGGAAUCAAACAGCUGCUGCAACAGCUCUUCCUGAAGACGCACCUCAACAUAUCGGACCUUGCGGAGUUGAUCAUAAAGCAGAACUAUGUUGGCAGUGUUGUAAAGCAAUGUGAUGAUAAUCCAGAUAGUGAUGAUGAUGAUGAUGAUAGCAUGAAUGUGGACGAUGACGUUUUUGGAAUAACCACUGUCAUAAACCUCACAGACAAAAGGAGCAUGGGAUGUGUUUCACAACUUCGGGAUCUACUCAAAGAACACAGUUCUAAACAUGGAGAUGACCGAACUAUAGCGAAAGUUAAGCAGCUGUUAGAUGAUGAAACCAAAUGUACAGGACUCCUCAUCAAUGAACGCUUUGUCAAUAUACCUCCCCAAGUAGCUGUUCCCCUUCUCAUGAGCUUGAGAAAGGAAAUGGACAAAGCCAAAAGCCGAAAUAUGCCAUUUAAUUUUGAGUAUUUGAUUCUGAUUUGUAAAUUAUACAAAGUAGACUCCAUGAAGAAAAAGUCCAAGAAAAACAAAAACAAGCCAGAUGAGCCUGCAGUCAUUUGGUCAAAUGCUGAGGAAGAAGUCUUUGAAGAGGUUGCGGACUGCAAAUUUGAAUUUUGUGUCAAGGAUGACUCUGAUUCUGGUCUGGGUGGUAAGUGGCAUGAAGAUGACACAGAAAUGACUCCUUGGCGAAAAGUUCUUAUUUUCCAUGCUUCAAAGUUGGAUGAGGCGAUAGAAAAAGUAACUAAUCUAAUUCAGCAAUAAAUUUUUUCCUUUACUAUU